GCCAAUCUAGACAGCAACUCUCCCGUCUUUACGCCCUCAGCAUCCGACAUCAUCUUCUCCGCGCCACCCCUCGACUGCUCGAACCCCUGUGAGAAAGUGCUCACAUCGCUCCGUGUUCACGGCCCAGCUCGUGGUGGCAGCUGGGUCGUCAUCGAAUACUCGCUAUCAUCAACCCAUAGAGCAGGAGUACGGGAUCCCCACCGUUCGUUUCAGAUCCAUCUCUCGCAUCCCCAACACGAACGCGUUACGUUAUGGAGCCCCGCAAAACCCCUCCGGAGUACUUCCUGGAGAUCUUUGCAGACACCACCACCGUCCGGGACGUCUUAAAAGGCGUUCUCAACCUAAUCUUCUUUCACCGUUACUUUCCCUCUAUCCGACCGACUACCUUUGAUGUCCUAGACUUUACUCUCCCCGCUAUCAACGAUGAAGACCUUGAGACUCUUAUUGAGUCGCGCAUCAGCGCUCUAGUCCGCCAGCACUCCUCAUCAGCUGCUAGCGCCCAUGAAGGGGGCGGCGGUGUGCGCGGUCGGAUCGCAGUGGAAUUUUACGAGAAGAAGCGCAGGCGCUCCGGAAUCUGGUUCGGUGGGCUUGCUGGAAAAGGCGAGGAAGAGGUAUGUUGGGAGGUGUGGAAUCUGGAUGUGACGAUUGCCACUCCGCGGACAGAAUCAGAACGCGCCAAGGUGCGCAAGGCGAUGGAGAAUAUGCUUCAAAAAGCAGCCUUGAAGAUUCUCGCCGUAGUGAACCGAGAAAAGGAUCAUAUCCCGCCCAUCACAACAAGUGACUCCAACCCAUUCCCUUACAGGAUUGUCCUAAACCCUCGGUCAGAUGGCUGGCAGAAUCGGUUUGGACUAUACUGAAUUAAGAAACCAUUACAUCUGCAAGGUUUCGCUGGGUCGCAGUGCCCGCUUUCUUCUCUAUUCUCUUUUCCUCUCUUCUCAAAGAUACACACAGCUUGCAUCCGUAUCUGUACAUCUGGAGUUGUGGAGUAACGGCUCGAUGCUAAUUCAAUGCUCCGACACUUGGAGUUUGUUACAGCCUGUCUUCCCGUGUAUUAUUACGUUCCACUGGCUCAUCGGUUUAC